AUGUCCUUCCACGGAAACAGUCAGCGGCGUUAUGGCCAUGUACCCCCGGCACAAUAUGGAUCACCAGGAGCGCAAGACCAGAAUCUGGCGAAUCUCGGUUUGCAUAGGCGGCCAAGUUUUGACAAUGGUGACGAUGCCGCGUUCUUCGACCCGAGCAAUAAUAGCAGGUAUCAGGGUGUUGUCCCCCCUCCAGUGCCUGCGAAGACCCCAAACCCGUCAAACGAGGAGCUAUUUAUGAGAAGUCCUACUGCGGCUUCACCGGGUCGUUCCUCCUUUGGAAAUACCAGUCCGGCGAUGUCAGGAUAUCAGCAUCAGUAUCAGCCUUUCCCCGCUGGGCCUCAAUCGCCAUCAUUGUCGCAACCCUCCUACAAUCCACAGCACUUUGCCCGCACACAGUCCCAAUCGCAGGCUCCCCAAUACCGUCCGGAUCCCAGUCCUAGCUUCAAUACCUCUGCAUUUCCAGGUGUCCAACCGUACAAUCCUGCAAAUUACCAGACUUCUCAGCCUCCGCCUGUUCCAGCGCGUCAGAGUACGGUUUCGGGCUAUACCACUUACCCCAAUCCCUCAUAUGCGACAGCAUCCACACCACUUACAGCCCAAACUUCUACACAGUGGAUUCCACAGCAACAAUAUGGCCCUCCGGUCCCUGCACGCUCUUCUACGCAUGCUAUGUAUGAUCAACCCCUGACUAGUCCGACAUACACACCGUCAAGUUCAGUCCCCCUUCGACCUCGGCAGAGCUUCUAUAACGCGCCGCAAUCUACUGCUCCCUACCCAACGAAUGGUGACAAUUAUCCUCAGGAUAAUCAUGCAACUCCAAUCGCUACGCAGGCUCCGUACCCGAACUACACUGGUUAUGCGCCACGGCUGGUAUCACAGUCCUAUCCAGACGCCGCAAACCAGCAUGCCUUCUCAAAUCGUUCAAAACGAGCCUCGACGCAACCAAGCCAGCCGACCCCACCUCCAAUUCCCAUGCCUACUGGUCCUAACUCAGCUGGACCAGACGGCCCGAGACUCCAGAGACACCCGACCCUUCGGCCAUUACCCAGUGCCCCGGUAGAUGACGAUGACACCGAAGAUGAAGACGAUUGGGGACUCCCGAGGCAUGGCCAAGUGGUGGAAACUAUGACACAGGAGCAACUUUUCGCGGAUAUUGGCGAUGCCCUGUCUGGGGCCUCCCCGAGGCAUAGCCAGAGGAACGGGGAUCUUCUAGAUAGAGAACCUGGAGCCCUGCAUCGAUUUGAUUCAAGAGCCACUACAGCUGGCCCUGGAACUGGCAUUGAUCGAUUCUCGUCUACCUCCUCUACAUUGCAUUCAAACCAUCUCGCGCCGACAGAUGAUUAUGAUGAUGAUGACGAGAGUGAUAUAGAGGCUGCGGCUGGCCUAGAAGCCAUGCGAAUUGCCGAAGAACAAGAUGCACAAGAAGCACAACGAGGGGGAACCAGAGCUCUAAGUUUCAGCAGCUACGAAAACCAGCAAUCUCCAGGUCGACAACUAUCACAGGACGAAAGUAGUAGUGAUGAUGACUACAAGAACAUGGACUUAGGGCUCGUUGGCGGUGGUUACGAUGCUCAUAUGUCUUAUGGUGAGGAUCUAAGUGCCACGCAUACUGGCCAUAGUAGUGAAUUGGAGGACCAGAGCAGGCCCCUGCCUACUCCGCAUGAGCUAGGGAGAUCUGAUAGCUACAGUCACAGUCCUGCCCCCGGUCUUGGGGGAAUGAUGGAUUAUUCUCAUCCCGGCGAGGGAGCCGGCCAUCCCUUUCCAGCUUUCGAAGACGCAAGGGUCGACACCUUCGGAACUGGUGGGCUACAAAGACCAACUUCACACUCCCACCGACUUAGUUUUGAUGAAGGAGACGAGCAGUCUUUGCAAGCCCGGAUCUCCGAAUCGAGACAAAGUGAAAGAUCUGGGAGUGAAAGCCCUUCCCGAGAUGAUAUGCCUGAGUUAUUCUAUCAUCCCGGUAUGGGUACAUCCCCAUACAAUCUGAACCGGCCACUCCCCGCUGUUCCUCCGAUGUCAGAAAACAUGAUCCCUCAACUAUUGCCCGCUGGUUCGUAUAGGAACCAUCAGUAUUCCAAUUCGUAUGGGUCAACUGAAAUUGCUCGCCCACCAUAUGUUCCUAACAAUCCUGAUGGGUACCCUUCGCAAGAAAUUCUUAACGCCGGUGGCCAAUAUGUUCCUAGGUCGACCUCCCUGAUAAGCCAUAGUAGCACGCCGCAAACUGUGCCUCCAGUCAGAUCAAAGACUGAUGCAGAAGAGCGCGCACGUGCCCUGAAGGCUGCUGGCGCCAAGCAAAUGGGUCUCCGUUCUAGCUCUGGCAUAGAUGGUUACGAUUUGGCCUCGGCAACUCCGCAGUCAACAGUCGCGCUUGAUCUCCCUGCACUUCCAGCCGGAAGACGAAAGAAGUUCUCACCGUCAAGAUUGUCGUCUGCAGAUUUUAGAAAAUGUCAGGAACCCUGGGCUUUGAGCGGGCUCGCGGGGUGGAUCCGAGAGAUGGCUGGCGGAGAGACUGGUGAAGGAGAAUCGGAUCUCAGGCAAAAGACAAUUGAGGAUGGACUCGUAGCUCUCUUCACCCACAAAGUCCCUACUAUGAACACAGCUGAUGCAGAAACACUGAGUCAAAAGGUCGUCAAGUCAAUGCUUGAUGCUGGUAUCCUCUUGCCUGAAGAAGAAUGGGUCAAGUUCGGUCAUGGUAAAGUUGCUGGGGUCCUGUGGCAAUUGACUGGGUCUGGUUGCUAUGCACCUAAGCUUCACGAGCCGGAGAUCCAUGGCCGAUGUUAUUCGCAUCACUGCGGCAGAACAUUGAAGAAGAUCAAUCUUCAAAAGCGAAAUCUUGAGCCAUCGCGCAAAUCCGAGGAUUGGGUCACCUUCUUCAAAGUUACGAAAGAGCAACUUGAGGGUGCGAACAAAAAGGAGAUCCAGCGCCAGAACAAUCUGCACGAGAUUGUCAUGUCUGAGGAUACAUACAUGGACCAAAUCAAUGUCCUGCGAGUAUUAUACAGAGACGAGCUGUCGACGUGGCAACCACCCAUCAUUGCCAAAUCGAAGAUUUCAAAAUUCAUCACAUCCGUUUUUGGUAAAAUUGAAGCUAUCAAGGAGGUCAAUGAGAACUAUCUCCUGGCGCAGCUGAAAUAUCGACAGAAGGAACAAGGCCCCUGGAUCAUAGGCUUCAGCGAUAUCUUCCGAGAGUGGAUUCGAAAGGCCAGAACUGCGUACAUUGAAUAUGCCGCUGGGUUCCCAUAUGCUACAUAUUUGGUACGACGUGAGGCGGACAGGAACCUUCUAUUCCGACAAUUUCUAGACCAAGCUCGAGACAAUAAGCUUUCUGGCCGCCUUGAUUGGAACACCUACCUCAAGGCACCCAUUACUCGAUUACAGCGAUACACACUUCUACUCAACACUGUUCUACACAACAUGACGCAGGAUACUGAAGAGAAGGCGAACCUUUCGACUGCCAUAGAAGAAAUUAAGGCAGUCACGCUUGAAUGUGAUGCGAAGGUGGAUGAACAAUCGAAAAAGGUCGAGAUGAUCGAGUUGCAAGCCAAACUGUUCCUCCGGCCAGGAAUGGAACGGGUAGAAUUGAACCUCGAUCAUCUAGGUCGAGAGCUUCUCUUCCAGGGUGAUCUUCAACGUGCUGGUGCCAAUCGCUUCACCUGGCUAGAGACACAUGCCAUCCUCUUUGAUCAUUAUCUCGUACUCGCCAAGACUGUCGUUCAACGAGAUGCCGGUGGUGGGCGGAAGAAAGAGGUUUACGAUGUAUCGAAGCUUCCUAUCCCAAUGCAGCUCUUGGUCCUUGAGAGUACCAAUGAUGACCCAGUCGUCAAAUCCUCUGUGAAAGGGAUCGGUGCUGUCACAACUGUUACCAAACCCGCGCCAAGCUCUGCUGUGGAGACAAGAAUCCCACGAACUGCGAUGAACAGUAUUGAGAAAACGAAUGCCUUAGAACAUACCAGCUCAAGCAACUCUACAGCAACAGUAGCGUCGGUGACAAGGCUCAAUCCAUCAAGCUCGAACGACGAUACCAGGUCAAUGUACCCUUUCCGAAUCAAACACCUCGGGAAGACCGAAGUAUAUACUCUUUACGCGCCAUCUGCACAAAACCGACAAGAUUGGUGCGACAAAAUAUUGGAAGCCAAAACUCGCCAUGCAGCAUCUUUGUUUGAGCAGAAUGCUGAGCCAUUCCGGUUACGAGUCAUGGCUGACAGCGCCUUUGCUUAUGAUGUGAUGACAGCUGGAACGCAAAAGAGCGUAGUUUCUGUGAAAGGGACACCAUUGGAUAGAGCGAUCCGAGAGAUGGAAGCCACAUAUGGAACAGGGCCAAGGCCAGGGCCAGUAUGCAGGGCUCAAGUUAACUGUGCUACAGCGUUCAACUGCCACGGAAAGCAGAUGGUUGCGAUCGGGACGGAUUACGGUGUCUAUAUUUCGGAGGCGUCAAAUCCUCGAGGCUGGACAAGAGCGAUCCAAAUUGCUCGGGUGACUCAAAUAGCAGUCCUGGAAGAAUUCUCUCUCUGCCUUAUCAUCGCCGACAAAGCCUUAAUAGCAUAUCACCUCGAUGUAAUCGUACCAACGACCAGUUUCCCAGGCCCACAACACGAUUCUGCUCGGCGGGCACCUCAGAAGCUCUCCGGCACUCGUGAUGUAUCCUUCUUUGCGACUGCCCGCAUGAAAGACCGGACUUUGGUAUUCUACAAGAAGCGUGAAGGGCUGCAUUCCACCUUCAAAGUUCUGGAACCCGUGUUCCAGAAAUCCACGGAGAAAAAGUCUCGACUCUUCGGCAGGAAGUUCGGUGGUGGGACAACGGAAUUCUUUAGAGAAUUCGAUGAAUUUUACAUCCCGACUGAAUGCUUCACAAUCAAUCUCUUCCAUACUUAUAUUGCUAUAAGUACACUGAAGGGUUUUGAGCUCAUGACAUUGGAUAAGAAGGUCCCAAUGAGUAUCCCGGAUUUGAAGAACCCUACCAUCAGCAAUAUUGCAAACAGGAUUGCGAGCCAGAAGCCUCUUGGCAUGUUUAGGCUAUCAGAUGCGGAAUUUUUGCUAUGUUACGAAGAAUGCGGUGUCUAUGUUGACAAGCACGGCGAUGUAUCAAGGUCGGUCAUCAUGGAGUUCGUGGGCAAGGCAAAACACGCCGGUAUGUACGGGGCGUACCUCCUCCUAUUCGACAGUGAUUUCGUCGAGAUUAGAAAUGCCGAGAAUGGCAGACUGCGACAAGUCAUUGCGGGCAGAGAUGUGCGGUGUUUAGAUUACGGGGUCAAUCCGCUUGGAGCGGGUAAUGCCAGUAGUCAUAUGAAUUCACCAGGUUGUGAUAACGGAGCGGAGCGGAGGACCUUGAAACUGGCGAUGGCUCAUCCGGAAAUAGCGGGGAAUCAAAUAGUGCUGGAAGUGGUCCUCAACGAGGGACAUUCGGAAUGA